AUGAUACUCUCAAACCAAUCCAUACCGUCACAGCAGCAAUCGGCCAGUGGACAAAUUCCAAUCAUUUCCUAUAAGAGCACGACGGAAGAGAGAAAGCAUGAAAUACGAUCAGCUCUCACCUCCGUUGGAUUUUUCUACUUGGUCGAUCACCCAUUAGUUUCUGAUAUGCGGAAAGCUUUUGAAUAUUCUAAAAAGUUUUUUGAUCUUCCCUUUGAAGUGAAAAAUCAAUUUCAUACUCUCAAAGGUGGAAGUGGCUACAUUUCAAAGAGCUCUGAACGACUUAAUGGAACUGAUAUUGAUUUGAAGGAGGCAUAUAAUGUAAGACUGCAAAACAGUCCCAAUGAUCAAGGUGAAGAGGUGAAUUAUUUUCCAGAUGAGACACAAUUUCUAAACUUGGAAGGUUUUGAAAAAUUCAGUAAGGACCUGUUUAAUGCAUUGCAUGAUUUGUUGUGUGAAAUUUUGGAUGAUUUACAAAGUAGUUUGACCAUUCAAAACAAAACGAGAGGUUCCACAGAGCCAUUGGAAAACAAUUAUUUCUCUUCCACGCAUAGUGACAAGGAGCAUUCAUUAAGAUAUUUGCAUUAUCCAAAAAUUGACAAGAAUAACCUCUCAUCGUCAGCUAGUGAUAGAAAUGGAGCAGGCUUGCAUUGUGACUAUGGAUCAAUUACAUUACUAUUUCAGGAUGAUGUGGGAGGAUUGCAAGUAUUGAAUCGAGUGACCAAUGAAAUGAUGAAUGCUCCCUAUGUUCCAGAUUCAAUGAUUGUGAAUUGUGGAGAUUUGAUGCAGGAAUGGACUAGUGGCGAAUAUAAGAGCGUGCCUCAUCAAGUAGUGCUUACAAAUUAUGACCGUGAUAGAUAUAGUAUUGCAUAUUUUGGUCAGCCUAAUAAGGAUUGCUAUAUUAGCUCAAUUGACAUGACAGCAUACGAUUAUCUCAUGAAAAAGUUUGAAAAGAGCUAUACCAUUAAGCAGCAAUCAAAAACAACUACAACCACUCCUUAG